AUGCCUAAAGCUACGAAUUCUAGUUCGUCAUUAGCAACUUGUCGUAAUGGUCAACCUAAGAGGGCAUCUCCGUAUGAGAAAAACCCUAAUCCGAAGAACAAGAAAUUAGAAGAAGAAUGGAAAGAGAUCAAAUGUCCAAUCUGCUUCGAUCACCCGCACAACGCCGUGUUAUUGAUCUGUUCGUCGAACGAAAAAGGUUGCCGGCCGUACGUCUGCGACACCAGCGCCCGGCACUCGAAUUGUUUCUCUCAGUAUUGUAGGUCACACUCGGUUAUCCCGUCCAAAACCCGAACCCGACCCGAAUUAAGUCACAAUGAUGAUGAUGGUGAUCGGAAGUACCUAAACAAGUUCGUGAGCUACGGGGGAGAAAAGGGUUCUUGCGGUGGGCCGGGUCGUAACCCAUCCGAAUGCCCGUUUUGUCGGGGCGAGAUCCGGGGAUGGAUCCGAUUAGGAGAUAUCCGUAGGUUUAUGAAUUCGCUAGUACGAGAAUGCGCGCUGGAAUCAUGUGAGUUUUCUGGUACAGAAUUGGAGUUAAGGAAACAUGCCCGAAUCGAACAUCCAAAUUCGAGGCCAACAUUCUUGGUUGAUGAAGAAGAAGAUGAUGGAGAAUAUGAUUAUUAUGAUAGUAACGUGGGUGAUGUAUAUAUUGAAGAAGAAAUCCUUGAUCAAUACGAUCUUGAGAUUGUACGGAUCGCGGUGCCAUUGUAUGAACUCGACGAUUGUCCUUUAUGGCGAGUGGUGUCUUCAAGUGACUAUUUAAGAGGGAUGCAAGAACUUUAUCCCGCGGACAACGUUAUGUAUUAUCGGAUAGAUUUCCGACGAGGAGUAAAGAUCGACAUACAUGUCCAUCUGGAUAAUCGUCUAAUUGAGUGUCAAAUUAACGGUUCAUUUGGCAAUACUAUGAGUGUUACAGAUAGUUACUUUAAUAAUAGAGAACGUGAAAGUGUGAACUGCGUGCGAUUCUGCUCCGGGGGAGAGGAAAUGAAGAGCUCCAGCUCGAGUGGCGACGUAAAGGACUUGCUCGAAGCCAUUCAAUCUUCUGAUGUUGUUGAGAAUCGAGUUCAACUUCUUACCACUCUUGGAGAGUUGGAGAUAAUUGAUAAAUGUGAAGUGGCUUCUCUUGUUGGGGCAUUAACAGCAAGCGUUUGGUGCCGUAAACAUUUACAGAUGACUCUGAUGUCAACUGAGGAAUCUCAAGAAGAAGAGCACAGCGUCCUGUUUUAUCAGUUGCUCAUCAAUUUGCUGAGCUAUUCAGCUUCCUGCUUUUCCAAUUUGGCAAGGAAUUCUUUCUCUAUCAGUAAGGAGGUGAUUCCGACAGUUGAGAGUUUUAUUUCAGAACUAUUAAGCGUGGCAAAAGAUGCAUUAUCGGCUGUAAAAAGAAUAGAUGCAGUUGGUUCAGAAAUUCAGAAGAUUGCGCAUCUCGUCCUUGAUGCUGUGAUUCAAUUAUGUAAGAUGUAUUGUCAAGGUGCACAUCUGGGUUCGGAAAGUUUGAGAAGGGAGGAGGAAAAACAGCUCAUAAGUAGUGAUAAGUCUAGCGACACAGACCAUGCUAUGAUGAUCACGAAAAUUACUGUAGAUAAGUUAUGUGAAAUCGGCAUCCUUGCUGCUAAUGAUGGCGGCAGUCUUGUAACUAUACUUAAUCUUUCUUGGAAAGGUGUUGUUACCUUACUCCAGCUUGGCAAGGGUGCAUUAGCUACAAUGGUGGAUGUAGCGAGCGUAAUUCUGACUCUAAUUUCCCUGGCCAAUCAAUCCUUGAAGUGUGCAGCCGACAGUUGGUCACUGAAACUAGAAGAAGCUAUCCAACUCGCAGAAGCUAAAAGGAUUUUCCUUCCUGUAAAAUUUUACCUGAUUAAUGCAGUGCGUAUUAUCUCUCAAUACCCGGCCCAAGCAUUUUCUGUAUACAAGGAAGUUAUAGGGUGUGUUAUUUCAAUAUCAUGUUUUAAAGUUUGUUUGAGCAAGGAGGAACAUCUAAAAUUUGCAGCAGAAGCUUUGGGUGAAAUUCUGGAGCCCACAUCUUUUCAUCUACUCAAUUCCAUCCUCCAUUCAUUGCAAAGCAAACAAGAGGAGAGGUUUCAGGUUUUGGACUGGUUACUUGGUGAUGAAAUUGACCAAAAGUUAGUUCCACUGAUUGCAAGGAACAAUGGUGUGCUUAACUCAACGGGUAUGGACCAUCAUUUGAGAUCUGAUGCAAGAGAUGGAACAUUGUCUCUUGGUCAAGUUAACUUGUACCUUUAUCUUCUCAGAAGUUCUGCUGGUUUUGAAGAUCAUACCAAAGUUUGGAUUGCUGGAAAACUUCAGUGGUUGUUGGAUGUCAUUAUGGAUGAGGAUGUAUAUGGUGUUACUCUUAGCGUGCAAGUUCACAUGACCUAUGCUUCAAGCCAGGACCAGAAGGCAGUUUACCAGCCUUUUUUGCAUUCGAUACUUGAUGCACUAAAAACAUUCAUGGUGAUAAUGUCUUCAAAUCCAGCAUGGACCGAGAUAGAAUAUUUCCUUCUGCAGAACUUAAUGCAUCCACACUUUCUUUGCCAAGAGAUUGUUAAUGAUCUUUGGUGCUUCAGGUUACGACAUGCUGAGGUAGGUUCUGUCGAUAACAUCAUUGACAAGCUUUGCACAUUGCUAGCUUUCGCAGCUUCUGCAGAAUCAGUAGUUAGUCCUGGCAGUGGUCUGCGACAGAUUGCAAGGUCUAUCUGUUUGAUGGUCACCUAUGGUUCACAUGCAGUGGCAGAUCGAGUUUACAAUUUUGUUGCUGGAGAGAACAAAUCUCAGAACUCAUUAAGCAUGUAUACUGCCCUCCUCAUGGAAGGCUUCCCCUUAAAUUUACUUCCAGAACGAACUAGAAGUAAAGCAAAGCAAAGAAUUGUAACAGAUUAUUUUGAUUUUGCGGAGAGCUUUACUAGUGAACAACAAAGAGUAGCUGGUUUUGAAACUUAUGGUGCUCCGGUGUUUGCUCUCUCAGCCACUUUACAGUCACAGCAGGUUAGCCUAUCUGAUACAGAAAUGAAGUCCUUGAAGUUUAUGGUUGCUAUUAUCUCAAAGUACAAAAUUGCCAAUGACAACAAAUUGAAGAACAUCUACUGCAUGCUUCUCAGUGAAGUCCUAGGAAUUAUUUCUCACAUGCAUAACUUGUAUUCAACUGAUGACAUGGAAGCAGUCAUUUUGGAACUCCAGAACCUCUUCAUCUCAAGGUCGUCAUUAACAGCAACAGCAGGUGGUCCCUUAUUCCUCUGCAAGCCCAAUCUUACUAACUUUAUGUCUGGUCUUGGUCACAUGGAGCUGGUGGAGAAUGAUGACAAUGCAAAGAGUGCUGCUGUUUGGGGGUUAUAUCACAUGAUAUUGAGGGAACAACACUGGGCCUUAGCUCACUUAGCAAUGACCGCUUUUGGAUAUUUUGCGGCUCACACAUCUUGCAAUCAACUCUGGCGAUUUCUACCUCCGGAUGCUGCUCUUUCAUUUGAUUUGGAUUCUGGAAAUGAAGCAGAUGAGGAAAGGUUCAUGUCCGAGUUGAGGGGAUAUCUUCAGAAAGAAUCUGCUUCCCUUGUGGCAAAGUGUACCCCUGAUCACAUAUCAAUGCUUGCAGUAGAAGGCUUGAAGCUAAAAGACAGAGUAGUGGAACAAAGUUCAAACGUCAGAGAGGUUGCUGUACCAAUUGAUGCCAUGGAGAUUGAUGAAGAAAAUCAAGGCAACAAGAAAAGGAAGCUUCCUGAUGGAAUAAGUGAAGGAGUUGAGUUGCUGCAGAAUGGUUUGAAAGUUAUGAGUGAUGGUCUUUCCCAGUGGGAGCAAAAUCAAAUUGACCUAACGGGCGAGAUUCGUGAAAAGUUUCUUACGCAUUUUUCUCGCCUUGAAGACGUGGUCUCAAACUUGGUUAGCCUAACUGGUGAUUGCUAA